CAUGACAGCAGCUGCGCCUCCCAACCCAGCAGCAGGGGGAAGCGGCGGCAGCAGCAGCAGCCCCGCCCCGGCCCGCUGCUGCCUGCAGGCCUGGGCAGGUUGCUGUCCCAGUCCCAGGCGCAGCAUCCGCCAGCCAAGGGCGGAGGCUGGAGGGGGCGCGGAGGCGGCUGCCCGCCGUUGGAAUGGGGAGCCAGGCUCUGAGGGUGGAUGGCUAAAAAAGCAUUAAGUCUCCAGAAGAGGAUUCAAGAUCAACACUGAAGGCUCCAAAAUGUCAAAAGAAAUGCAAGAACUACAGAAACAAUGGCACUCCAUGAUGCAAACCAUCCACACCAACUCCAAUGUUGUUUCUUUUAUGAACUCUCGAGUUGGCCAGUACUUAGAUGAUCAUCCUUUUGUCGCCCUGUCACUGCUGGUGUUUAUUGCAGUAUCUGCUAUUCCUGUUGCAUUCUUUCUGAUAUUUGUGAUUUCAACAACCGUAGUGGCCUGUAUGGGGGUUAUCGUCAUUGAAGGUGUUGUAAUAUCAGUAGGUGGCAUAGCCCUUCUUUGUGUGCUGAGUGGCCUGGGCGUCCUUUCAUUGGCAGUUUCUGGAGUACUGAGUAUUUGCUACAUAGCUCUUUCAACGCUAAUCAACUACUGGCAUACUCCAAACAGCCUGGUAAAGAAGCAAGAAGCUAAUGAAAACAGUUUGCUACAGAGUAGUCCUCCUGUCUUGGACCCUUCUAACAAGAACACGAAGAGCGAAUGAACAGGACUUUCCCAGCUUCCUGUCUUCCUUGAUAUGCACUUACUUGUACUGUUCUGAAUUGUAACUUUGUGUUUACCUGUCAAAUACUCAAGCUUUGUGCAUUGUUUACGGAAGUUGAGACUCAAUAUGCCUCUUCGGUUGUCACUGUAAAAUGAAUAGGAACAGUAUCUUAACCUUUAGUCAAUUCACUGUCAUACUAAGUGUACAGGACAUGGUGAGAAAUCUUCCAAAUACACUACACCGUCCAAUCCUGUUGGGGUAGUUUUGUGCAAGAAGGAAGUGUGUGUUUGAGAUUAUAACUGUGGGUGUUAGAAUUCUAAUCUUAGAUGGGGAAUCAAAGUGGAACAACCUGACUGCUGCAGUUGGAUGGUUUUGCACUUGGGAAAUGGCAAAGCACAGCAACACAAGGUGACACCUGUUUGAAUACUGGAAAAAUAUUUGUAAGCCUUAACAGUGGUUAUCAAAAUAUCUGUGUGGUAAAGAACUAAGCCUGCACCAUCUUAAAUAUAUGUUGUUGGAAAAGCAAGUUAAAGCAAAGUUUACUAUGUAUAAUAUUUAAUAGCCUAAACCAGUGGUCUCCAAACUGUGGGGGGCGGACCCCCUAAAGGGUUGGGGAGGAACGUUAGGGGGGGCCACAGCAGGGCCCGAGCCAGCCCCCAGGGGGGGGCAGGGAGGGAGCACCAUUCAGCUCCACUCCUGGCCCCGACCACGGCCCCAGCUGCAGCACUGGCUUCACUCCUGACCGUGGUGCCGAGCCCCAGCUCUGUCCCCGCUCCUGGCCACGGCUACCAGGGUGGGUGGAUGGGGUUUGCGGAUCAGAUAAGGGGUGGGGGGGGGAUGAGCAAAAAAGCUUGGGGACCACUGGUCUAAACUCUUGCAUGUUCUGAUAAGUUAUUCAGAAGGGGAUACCUUCCUCAUUCUCCUUCCAUCCCACGAGAGGAUGGAAGGAGCUUAGGGGCUUAGUGUUUUGCUUUAUGUGUCUGAGUGAUUUUGAAAGUCUAUUUUGCUUACCAGUUUUCACUCUUUGAAUAUGUAACUUCUGUGAACUUUUUAUGGGAGAGGGCAAAUACUAAACAUCUUUGCUUAAGCAGUAACCUCAUGUAUCUCAAAGAUACUUAGUUUAAUAAAGUACUAUUUGUUUA